AUGGCGACGGCGACAAUACCUAAAGUCGAAAACCCUAAAGUCACUGCAGAUCUCAAGCUAACUCCUCCGAGCACCGAAGGCACGUCAUCAGUUGAACAAACGCCGGGUCAACGUGGGGGCGACGGCGAAUCCAACGGCAAACUGCGGCCGGGGAAAACCAUCAACGCCGAUGGAGACGGCCCGGCUGCUGAUAUUCAGAAGAAAAUGAAGCGUGCAGAGCGGUUUGGUAUGCCUGUGCAUCUGUCCGAGGAAGAGAAGCGCAAUUCUCGAGCUGAGAGGUUUGGCACCAGUCCUGCUGUCAGUGAAUUAGAUUCAUCAAAGCAGUCUGAGGAGCUGAAGAGGAAGGCUAGAGCAGAGAGGUUUGGGGUACUGCAAUCUACACCAGCUGAUGAGGAUGGGAAAAAGAAAGCUAGACUUGCUAGGUUUGGAUCAUCUGUGACUGAUUCGGCAGAGGAAGAUAAAAAGAAAGCUAGGGCGCUCAGGUUUGCGCAGCCAGAUUCUGGUUCAAAGAAGACAGCUAUUGCUGGCAAGGCUGGUCCAGGGACCUGA